AUGAACAACAACACGGCCGAAGUUCCGAACCAGGUAACCAAAGAUCAUUCUAGUUUUCAUGUCUACACAGAAAUCUUCCAGAUGGAGGUUGUUCCAUCAGCUGCUCCAGUUAAGCCCUUCGUGGUGCCGGAGCUUCCGCAAGACACUGGUCUAAAGCGGAAGACUGCUACGGCCCCUGAGGUUCCGGCUAAGAAGCCGAAGGAGGUAGAGGUGGAGGUGGAGGUGUCGGUGCCGGCGGCAGUUCCAGAGAUUCCGAACCCUUCGCCGGUCUACACGGCUACACCGUCGCCAUCCACGGAGCCGCCAAAGCCAGACGCACCACGACCACAUCCGACUCCGGAGACUAUGGUAACCGAAUCUUACGGUUUCACAAUACUUUUACUUCCGUAUUUUGCAGGGAAUCAAGGAAGGAAUGGAUCCAGACAUGAGCCGCCUUCCCAAAGGAUUCAAGCUCGGCAACCUGGCACGUGAAAAAUAUGCGGUAAGCAAAGCCAGACAAUAAUAACAGACGAUCUCAUCAAUUACCACCUUCGUUUAGGGAAUCGUCAUGGCCGACUUGCACGACCGUUACGAGAUCCAGAUCUACUGCCGUCUGUUCGAGCACUUCUCCUACUACCCGAUCUACAGAUUCGACAAGGACGAGUGGGUGACGGCUCAUGACCACGCGGUGCGUGAGGUCAUCCGCUUCCGCACUCCUCCGAAGAUCCUUUGGCAACAGGCUCGCCGCAGCUAA